ACCGCGAGGAGCGCGCGCGCGCCUGCGCCGGCGUCGGGCUCGCGUACGCGCACGGCGGCAGCGGCGGUUCCUGUCUAGGGUUGCGAGCGGCGGGCUAUUCCGAGGGGGAACGGCGACGCUGAGGGCUCGGCGACGGCGGCGGCGGCGAUUCAGCGCGCGUGACUCUUGGCCGGGCGUGCGCCUCGGCGAGCGUUUCGGUCGGGGCCGCGGACACGGCGGCGGCCCGAGGCCUGCGGCCUAGGCCUCAACGCGGCGGCGGGCUCGAGUGCGGUGUGGAUCCGGCCUGAGGGCCCUGCGCGGCGGCACCAUGAGCGUGGAGGCGUACGGGCCCAGCUCGCAGACGCUCACCUUCCUGGACACAGAGGAAGCCGAGCUGCUCGGCGCCGACACUCAGGGCUCCGAGUUCGAGUUCACCGACUUCACCCUUCCCAGCCAGACUCAGACGCCCCCGGGCGGCCCCGGCGGCCCCGGGAGUGGGGUCGCGGGGGGCCCGGUGUGCGCGGGCGUGGCGGCCGGACAGCUGGACCCGCAGGUCGGCGGACCUGAGGGCAUCCUGCAAAAUGGGGCCGUGGAUGACAGUGUGGCCAAAACCAGCCAGUUGUUGGCUGAAUUGAACUUUGAAGAAGAUGAGGAAGAUACCUAUUACACAAAGGAUCUCCCCAUACACGCCUGCAGUUACUGCGGAAUACAUGAUCCUGCUUGCGUGGUUUACUGUAAUACCAGCAAGAAGUGGUUCUGUAACGGACGUGGAAAUACUUCUGGCAGCCACAUUGUAAAUCACCUCGUGAGGGCAAAAUGCAAAGAGGUGACCCUGCACAAGGAUGGGCCCCUAGGGGAGACGAUUCUGGAGUGUUACAACUGCGGCUGCCGCAAUGUCUUCCUCCUUGGCUUCAUCCCUGCCAAGGCCGACUCGGUCGUGGUUCUGCUGUGCAGGCAGCCCUGUGCCAGCCAGAGCAGCCUCAAGGACAUCAACUGGGACAGUUCCCAGUGGCAGCCCCUGAUCCAGGACCGCUGCUUCUUGUCCUGGCUGGUCAAGAUCCCCUCCGAGCAGGAGCAGCUGCGGGCCCGGCAGAUCACUGCCCAGCAAAUCAACAAGCUGGAGGAACUCUGGAAGGAAAACCCUUCUGCCACGUUGGAGGACCUGGAGAAGCCAGGGGUGGACGAGGAGCCACAGCACGUCCUCCUGCGAUAUGAGGACGCCUACCAGUACCAGAACAUAUUCGGCCCACUGGUCAAGCUGGAGGCUGACUAUGAUAAGAAGCUGAAGGAGUCCCAGACUCAAGAUAACAUCACGGUCAGGUGGGACCUGGGCCUUAACAAGAAGAGAAUCGCCUACUUCACUUUGCCCAAGACUGACUCUGGUAAUGAGGAUUUAGUCAUAAUUUGGUUAAGAGACAUGCGGCUCAUGCAGGGGGAUGAAAUAUGCCUGCGGUACAAAGGGGACUUGGCACCCCUGUGGAAAGGGAUCGGCCAUGUCAUCAAGGUCCCUGACAAUUAUGGCGAUGAGAUCGCCAUUGAGCUGCGGAGCAGUGUGGGUGCACCUGUGGAGGUGACUCAUAACUUCCAAGUGGAUUUCGUGUGGAAGUCUACCUCAUUUGACAGGAUGCAGAGUGCGUUGAAGACGUUUGCUGUGGACGAGACCUCUGUGUCGGGGUAUAUCUACCACAAACUGCUCGGCCACGAGGUAGAGGACGUGAUCAUCAAGUGCCAGCUGCCAAAGCGCUUCACGGCACAGGGGCUCCCUGACCUUAACCACUCUCAGGUUUAUGCUGUGAAGACUGUGCUGCAGAGACCUCUGAGCCUGAUCCAGGGACCCCCGGGUACAGGGAAGACAGUUACCUCGGCCACCAUCGUCUACCACCUGGCUCGGCAGGGCAACGGGCCCGUGCUCGUCUGUGCUCCAAGUAACAUCGCCGUGGACCAACUGACCGAGAAGAUCCACCAGACUGGACUGAAAGUUGUGCGGCUCUGCGCCAAGAGCCGUGAGGCCAUCGACUCCCCGGUGUCCUUCCUGGCUCUGCACAACCAGAUCAGGAACAUGGACAGCAUGCCUGAGCUUCAGAAGCUGCAGCAGCUGAAAGAUGAGACUGGGGAGCUGUCGUCGGCCGAUGAGAAGCGGUACCGGGCCCUGAAGCGCACCGCCGAGAGGGAGUUGCUCAUGAACGCAGAUGUCAUCUGCUGCACAUGUGUGGGUGCCGGGGACCCACGGCUCGCCAAGAUGCAGUUCCGCUCCAUUCUCAUUGACGAGAGCACCCAGGCCACCGAGCCUGAGUGCAUGGUCCCCGUGGUCCUGGGAGCCAAGCAGCUGAUCCUCGUGGGUGACCACUGCCAGUUAGGCCCUGUGGUGAUGUGCAAGAAGGCAGCCAAGGCUGGCCUGUCCCAGUCCCUCUUCGAGCGCCUGGUGGUGCUGGGCAUCCGGCCCAUCCGCCUCCAGGUCCAGUAUCGGAUGCACCCUGCGCUCAGCGCCUUCCCGUCCAACAUCUUCUAUGAGGGCUCUCUCCAGAACGGUGUCACUGCAGCGGAUCGUGUGAAGAAGGGAUUUGACUUCCAGUGGCCCCAGCCUGACAAGCCGAUGUUCUUCUAUGUGACCCAGGGCCAAGAGGAGAUCGCCAGUUCGGGCACCUCCUACCUGAACAGGACGGAAGCUGCAAACGUGGAGAAGAUCACCACGAAGCUGCUGAAGGCGGGUGCCAAGCCAGACCAGAUUGGCAUCAUCACGCCCUAUGAGGGCCAGCGCUCCUACCUGGUGCAGUACAUGCAGUUCAGCGGCUCCCUGCACACCAAGCUCUACCAGGAGGUGGAGAUUGCCAGUGUGGACGCGUUCCAGGGCCGUGAGAAGGACUUCAUCAUCCUCUCCUGCGUGAGGGCCAACGAGCACCAGGGCAUCGGGUUCCUAAAUGACCCCCGGCGGCUAAACGUGGCCCUGACCAGAGCAAGAUAUGGGGUCAUCAUCGUGGGCAACCCAAAGGCCCUGUCCAAGCAGCCGCUCUGGAACCACCUGCUGAACUACUACAAGGAGCAGAAGGUGCUGGUGGAGGGGCCCCUGAACAACCUGCGCGAGAGCCUCAUGCAGUUCAGCAAGCCCAGGAAGCUGGUCAACACCAUCAACCCGGGAGCCCGCUUCAUGACAACAGCCAUGUAUGACGCGCGGGAGGCCAUCAUCCCAGGAUCCGUCUAUGAUCGGAGCAGCCAGGGUCGCCCCUCAAACAUGUACUUCCAGACCCACGACCAGAUUGGCAUGAUAGGUGCAGGCCCUGGCCCUGUGGCUGCCGUGAACAUCCCCAUCCCCUUCAACCUGGUCAUGCCGCCCAUGCCCCCACCUGGGUACUUCGGACAAGCCAACGGGCCGGCGGCAGGCCGGGGCACCCCAAAAGGCAAGACUGGUCGUGGGGGACGCCAGAAGAACCGCUUUGGGCUUCCUGGGCCCAGCCAGGCGAAUCUCCCCAACAGCCAGGCCAGCCAGGAUGUGGCGUCCCAGCCCUUCUCGCAGGGCGCCCUGACACAGGGCUACAUCUCCAUGAGCCAGCCCUCCCAGAUGAGCCAGCCGGGCCUCUCCCAGCCCGAGCUGUCCCAGGACAGUUACCUUGGCGAUGAAUUUAAGUCACAGAUUGAUGUGGCGCUGUCACAGGACUCCACGUACCAGGGGGAGCGGGCAUACCAGCACGGUGGAGUGACAGGGCUGUCCCAGUACUAGAAGGUGGCAGCGGAAGAGCUAAGCUACGUGGCUUAGUCCAUCAGCAUCUUAUUCUGGGUAAUAAAAAAUAAAAAUAAAUGGAUACCUGUUUUCCACUGCUAAAACUAAGCACCACUGAGCAACAGGAGAGGGAGAGGAGCACCGGGGAAGAGAGGAGCCCGAGGCGGAGUGAGCGCCCACUGCUGGCCCGCGGCGGCGGCGGCGACAAGGAGAAGGGAGAGCGGGCGGUGGGCAGCGAGGAUGCCCGCGGCGAGCCCUGGCAGCCCGCUCGCCCAGGGGCCCAGCGCUCGCCCGUUCACACCUGGGUCUGUGACCAGGGCGGAGGGAGGAAGACCCUCAUCUCAGAGUAGCCCUUUCCUCUGUUCUUUUCUUUCUUUUUCUCUUUUAUUGAAAGGGGACUACGUUUUAGCAGGAAAAACUUCGCAUUUCUGUGCUGAGCAGGCUCCUUGCAGGUGGAAGCCAUGCCGGGGGCCCACGGAGGUGCAGGUUCUGUCCACGCUGGCUCUGGAACCGCGCGGUCUCGCUGCCUGUGUUCUAAGAGGGUUUUCAUUUAAAGAAAAUGCGGUGUUUUGGGUUUUUCUGUUUGGUUUUUAAAGAAUCUUUCAAAGGAGUACUGAAAAAUACACUUUUUUGAGUUUGUCUCUCAAAUCUUAGUGGUGGACCUGGGAGAUGUGAGAAGCUUCCAGACAACGUUUAAAGAAGCCAACACAACUUGAGAUUAGGAUCAACACCUGGGACGCAAUUGCGAAGAGUUUUGUUCUCAGUUUUUAGCUUCCAGCAGCUUCUCUUUGCACAUCCGGGUGGUAAGGGAGCACCGUCCCGGGCCAGGUAGCCCCACGGUCUCUGCUGGACUCUGAGAAGCAAAGUGCUUCCCGUGCAGUGGACUCGGCCCCUCUGGAGGGGCCUCAGACAGGACUGGCCAGGAGGCCAGAGGCCAGGAAAGUGGCUUCUUCCUCGGGGUCCUUCCCAAGGAGUUGGUGGAAGACAGCAACCAACAGGACCCUUCCCAGGGAGGCACCCACAGUCUCUGUCACCAGUUAGACACCGAGCACCCUGCCCCCGUUCACCCCCCUCCCCGCCACCUGCCAAGUUUGGAGCCCUUCUACUUGUGGGCACAGCUUUGGUAAAGUGGGGUGCUUUCUGCUUUAUGGCGGGGGACAGGUUGGGGGAGGCGUAAGUUUCAAACAUAAGCUGGUUCUGUGCCUGAAGGGGCUUGGAGUUUCACCCCACGUGGUGGACCCAGCAUCUGCCUGCAUCUGGGUUGCCACUCAAGGUCAUUGUAGGUGGGAGGGCCACUCCAGCUCCUCACACACCAAGACGGGGUGUUCGCCUCCCUGGUGACCACCUAUUUGGGAACUGUCCCUUGCCUACCCGGCCCCAUGUCUGUGGCUGAGGCUGGCCCUUACCCGAAAGUGUCCAGAUUACAACUUGUACGUGGGAGAGACAGGACGCAGGGCCGCCUUCUGGCCAGGCCUCUUAUUUAUUAGCAUUGCUGUAGGGCUUUCAGUCCCCCUUUUUGACUGUGUGGAGGCAUAGUUUGGGUAGGUUUCUGCUCUGGCCCCUGUACGACACCUCGUGGGCAGUGCCCACCCGCCCACCCGCCCCACUCUGUGCCUUGGAAAUGCUUUGCCCCUGCUUUGUGCUGUUUGCUUUGCUCUCCACCUUCACAGCAGCAGUUACUCUUUGAGUUUUCCAAAUCGAGGAGCAUCUGUACCAAGGCAAUGUACCUUUUGAUUUUUGAUCUGUUUUAAGCUCUAUUGUCACCAAUAAAAUCUUAAUAGUUCUUGC